AUGUGUCGCAACGAAACAACAAAGAGUUCCAACGAUACUUCAACGAGCUACAGCGAUACGUCAACGAGCUCUCAUGAGAUGACAACGGACUACGAUUACUAUAUCGAGGAAAACUACUAUAACUACUAUAACCCUACCUUUGUUCGAAGAAUCAUGUUUCCGCUUAGUGCUGCAGCGCACUCUAGCAACCCCGAAGAUUGUAUUAAAACCAUUGAUCAUGGAGAGAAAGAGAUUAAAAAUGUGACAGUAUAUGGCAAAUUGGAUAACAGCUCUUCUGGUUACACUGCCGUGCUUCCCGAGAGAACUGCGAUCGUCAUAGGCUUCAGGUGA